CUGCAUUUUUUUUAUGUCAUUUGUCAUGUCAUAGUGUUCAUCCUUUAUCUGGGGGUAGGUCCCGGUUCCAAACCGUCUGACAGCUGUAUCCCACGGAAAGAUUUAUUUCUUUUUUUUAUACGAAAUGCCAUUUUUUUGAAGAUUUUUUAAGACCAAGAAUACAGUAAAAGUUGCCCUAAUGUUGAAUUUCAAUUCGUAACCGUGUAAGUUUAUACCGUUCGCGGUGGAUUAAAUUUUACAAAGAGUGAGUGUCGUAUAUUUGAGUGUGUUUAUAGAAAAUAUAAAUAAAUUCUUUAUUAUUUCAAAACGAGAAAUCCACGGACUUGAUAUAUUUAAAACAUUAUUGAAUAUUGGUCUACAGAAUAUUUGCAAAUAUUCGUGUUCAAAAAGUAUAAAAUGAUGAUGUAUUCGAAGUAUGUUCCUCAAAGCUUAAAACAUUUUAUGUGCCACGGACAAUACAAAGAAGUAACCAAAGCUUUGCAAGACGUUAAAAACGAAGCUAACUUGCAAGCAGAAUGUAUGGAUAUUGUAUCACUAUUAGCAGGGUAUUUGACGGAACAAAAUUUGGAAGCCAACUUCGAACUAUACUCGAUGUCGGAAGAUCUACUUAAACUUGUUGCAGAGCGUUGUAAUCCACAAGAAACGCUGCUUGAAAUACUGGAGAAAAUUGAAACCACGAAUCACGAUGAAAUCUUUACUAGCUUGCUAAAGAGCCUACAAAUAGUUCUUUUGAGACUCCACAACAAUAAACCGCGAUCUUUCGAAUUCAGUUUGAACUCGAUAUUAACAUACAUCGAGAAGGUAAAUCUGCCGGAAUACAUAAAAAACAGCGAUGAAAAACAGGAGCUACUACUAGAAACCGAUUCAACUGUUCGUCGAAUUUUGCAACUUUACAUGACCGUUCUACUUUUCUUAGAACCUUUUACCAAACUACUUCAAAAUGAUGCCACUACAGUUUUUCGGGAUACAACAGCAACUAGAAAAAAUAUCCUGAUUUGUUUCAUUUUGCAACUGUUGCAAAAAUCUUCAAUUUACUUGAAUGUGGAAAAGAAGACUGAUAAAAUGGAUGUUAAAACGUACACGAGACAAGUUGCCGAAGACCUUAUUUUGGUCAUACUAAAGCUUACUGGAGAUCCCUUCUUUUUUCUUUUGUUCCAUAACAACGAAUAUGUUUGCUCUUCGGUAUUUGAAAAAAGUCGUCAAAAUCUUAAACAAAACAUUUUUAGGAUGCAAGAUAAAUGCUCCACCGAAUCACUAGCAAUGUUUUAUUACCUAUUGCUCGUUGGGGAUUUGGUACCGGAAACUGCACCGAAAUUAUAUACCUCACAUUAUCUGUUUGAGACGUGCCUUGGAUUCUGCGUUCAUUUUUUGUCGCAUGAGCAAUCGGCGAUUAACUAUAAAGGGAUACAAAUGGGUCAAACUUUGUUGGAGAUUCUAGGAACGAAACAUCUUCAAGCCAAGGAUUUGGAUGAAAACAUGCACAGAUUGUUCUGUCAGUAUCUGACCCAGACUAUUAUAUACUCGAGUAUCGAAAGGAACCGAAAAGAAGGAACAUUGCUAUUACGAGAUUAUAUCCUCAAAUUUGAUUGUGAAGGAAGGUAUCUGCUAAUAUCAAAUUUAUUCAAGAGUGUGAAUCAUAGCGGAUUAAGAUCAUACCUGGCAACUAUUUUCAAAAACAUGGUCCAUAAAGCAAUCGAAGAUUAUGGGGAUAAAAACAGGAAAAAUGAUUUAUUCCUUGGAAAAUCGCUGAAGCAUCUAUUGAUGACAGAAAUAUGCGUUUUGAAAAAUCAUAUUGAAACUGAUUUGAUAGAUAAUGCCGAUGAGAUAAUAUCGGGUUUGAAUAUCCUACGUUUCCUCAUCAUUCGGGAUAAAACAAAUGUAACAGACAUUUGUAGUUACAUUGAUCAAUUAGAUCAACAAUUUUUGAAGCCUUUGAGAAAGUCUAUAGAUAUGUCCCGAGCUCAUUUCUCAGCAGAGUUAGAUCAAGUUCAACAAGGACUUCCUGUAGAAGAAAAAAUAGAUUUCGAUAUUAGCGUUGAUGUCUUGAAUGGCGAGUCUUUAAGUGAACUUACUAAAGAACGAAAAUUGAGUAUGCUGAAAAACGCUUUGAACACAUUCGAUCUCAUGGACUGUUUAUUGGCGAGGGUUAAUGAAUGUGUCACAAUAGGAUUGAAAUCACACAAAAAAGCAAAAUAAUGAAAAUAAUACUUCUGUAAUACAAUACUAGAAUAAAAACAAUUGCAUACAAAAAUAAAUAAUGUUUGUUUAUUGGCGUGAGUCAUUGGUUGACUACCUGGCAGACCAACAGACUAUUAUCAUCUACAUUAGUAUGGGAAACAUUUCAUCAUCAAAUUAAAAAUAAACCGUCUAUAUACAUUUUGUCUAUUGACCUAAAAAGAGACCUGUGCAAAAUUUCAGCUCAAGUCAAUUCUCUCCUUUUCUGUUAAUUUUUGUGUGAAGUAUUGAGUUAACAAUUAUUGAUAACU